UUAUUUUUACGAUACAUUAUUAUCUCCUUACCACCUGUUCCAUAAGUAAGAUGCUAACUAUUGUACAGAUACAGUAGUAUCUGUAUGGAUUUAGUUUGAUAGUGUAAAUUGAGUAACGGGUAAUUUCAUUAAGAAGCCAAUUCUUGGCUGAUAAGUCCCUUUUUUAAAAAAUGUGGGCAUGAUCUUCCUUCUCAUAGUAGAAAUCUUUGAAUUUAAAAUCUAGAUUCUAGGGAAUUCCCUGGCAGUCCAGCAGCUAGGACAUGGCAUUUUCACUGUUUUGGACCCAGAUUCAUUCCCUAGUCAUGGAACUAAGAUCUUGCAAGCCAUGUGGCACAGCCAAUAAUAAUAACAAAAUAAUAGAAUCUAGAUUCUAUAAUAAAGCGAUUAUUUCUUUACCAUCUUAGUAAUUUGUGCCAUAAACACCAUUUUACUUUGUUGCUAGGGUGUUUUUCCACCCAAAUUCACUGCUUAGAUAAUUAUUACAUCGGGAUUGCAAAACCACCUACCAGGUGAACAUGAUUAAAGAUGAUGGGACAGUUAUUCAUUUCAACAAUCCCAAAGUCCAAGCUUCCCUUUCUGCCAACACCUUUGCAAUUACCGGCCAUGCAGAAGCCAAACCAAUCACAGAAAUGCUUCCUGGAAUAUUAAGUCAGCUUGGUGCUGACAGCUUAACAAGUCUUAGGAAGUUAGCUGAACAGUUCCCUCGGCAAGUGCUGGAUAGCAAAACCCCAAAACCAGAAGACAUUGAUGAGGAGGAGGAUGAUGUUCCAGAUCUCGUAGAAAAUUUUGAUGAGGCAUCAAAGAAUGAAGCUAACUAAGAUCUUUUCUGAUUUUUGGAAGCUGGCAUGGACUAGAUUUAACAAAUCAGCUAUGUGGUUCCAAAGUUUUACAGACACGGAGAACAUCAACUGUUACUAGUUCAGUAAUAUAAAUAUUUUGUAUAUUAAUAAUGCUGUUUAUUCAGCAUUUUUUGGUCAUUUAAUUUUGCAUUUUGCACUUCCUCCCAGGAUCUAUUCUUUUGGUCAAAAUAUGAAGUGUUGGUGCAUUUUGAGGGUCUUAUGGUUUUUUUGUUUUUUGUUGGGAUAUUUUAGGUGUAUGUAUGUGUGUAUGUGUGUGUGUGGGUAUGUGUGUAUACAGUUGAGAGCAAAUUGGAAAACAGUUUUAUUUAUCCUCCUCCUCACCCCAGUAGAAAUAAAACAAAUCUUUACAUUUGUUACUUUUUAUUUUUUCUAAUGAUGCACAGAAUUAAUAAAAAGUGAGGGUCUUGGAUUUCAAAUCUGAGAAGAUUUUACCCUUGGAGGUUUUGGUUUUAAUUUGCUUGGUUAACAUAUUUCUCAUAUAUUUUUCUGGGCUUAAAAUGUCUUGAGAUAUUUUGCCACCAGCUACAGGCUGGCAUGAUGGGUAGCAUAUCUUUGGUGCAGUUGCCUUAGAUUCACUUACCUAGUUAGACCCAGAAGAAUUUCUUCUACUAGCUUUCCUUCUGAAUGCCUUGUUUCCUCUCCUCUCGGUCUCCAAAUGGCCUGGUCAGCCUGUAGCAAUGCUCUUCCUCAUCUUCCAUCUAGCUUGAGAAGGAUGUUCUCCGUAUAGAGUUAAGUGAGUGCCUAAUCCCUCUUUGUGUAAGAUGGUUUCUUCAUCUUUGAGAAACAACAGCUCCGUCUUCAACUUUUUAAUUUUUUUGAUUUUACAGUUUGGUAGAUUUCAAACUGGAAUAGCUAGCAUGUGCUUGCUAAAUAAUUUUAUGCCAGCCUUAUCCUGUGUUCUAGCUGUUCUUAAUAGCAGGUGCAAAAAUGCCUCUUUUUCAGCAAGGUUGAAGUUGGGAAUGUUCUUUCGAAUCAGAAAAAAUAGGCCAUAGACUCAUUCCCCAGCACAAACGCUCAUUCUGUGAAAUGGUACUGGCCCCAGGAGGACUUCUUCAACCGUUUCUCUACUUUUGGCCUUGAACCUACCUCUGGAUUGGAUCUUACUAUUGUAGCUGCUCACAGCAUCCUCCUGCAUGCUUAGGUAAUGCUUUGGGGGAAUACUGAUAAAACACAGUAUUUAUUUUUUCACCUCCUUUCAGAGGACUUGGAGGUAAGUUGCAUUCAUUCACUGAAGCUUCCCUCUUGCUGUCUGAUGAUAAAUGCUUGCGCUUUGUUAUAUCAGCUUUUGUUAGAGCCAAUAUUUAAGAAUAAGAUUUAGAAAAUCUGUCAUGACCCAUCAUCAAACUAUGGCUUAACCUUGCAGCAUAUCAAAUCUUGUUUCAAGCUAGAUAUCUUUAUUUGAUAUCUCUAGUGCAAGACCAACAAUAUAUCAAGAGAUCUAUAGACACGAAGGCAAAGCUCUUGUGUUUUUUUCCAUCCAGACACCUCAAUUUAUUUUAUACAUUUGUUGCUUUUUCCUGUUAUGUUUUAUAUAAUAUAUGGACUUAACUACAAAAUAAAAUAACAGUAAUAAAAUAACAAAAGAGGAUAAUACUUCCUCUUGUGCUUCUCUUUUUGUUGUCUAUAGAAUUUCCUCCUUUUGUAUUUCCUCUCUGCUCCUCACCCCAAAAUGAAUUGCAAUCUAGUCAUUUUUUUAUAUACUGCUUCCUACAUUGUUAGAUCAGCAGGUCUACAUGGUCUCCAUAGUCCAGAACGCUGUUCUUUUGACUUUCCCUAAAGGGUACAUUGUGGGGGCAAAGAGAGUUAAAGGGAUUUCAAGUGGUUAAGAACACAGAAGAGAUGGGUAGUAUAGCAAAUGGUUGGGGGGUGGGGAGGUCUCAUUUGGAAUUCAGGAGAAUUAGGUCCUAGUCCAAACUGUGGCAUUAACCAUAUGACCUUGGGCAGAUUCCCUAACCUAACAACUUUGAAAUUCAUCAGCAGUCAAAUGAGAUGUUUCUGAAUUAGUAUUUCUUAUGUUGCUAUAGUUCUGUGAAUCUCAUUUCUGAAAAUCCUCAAGUAGGUGUUUUAUCAUCUUUUCAGAGUUGUCUUUGUAUCAAUACCCAUAGAAGUUUUUUUUAUAUAUAUAUACUUCCUCUUUUACAUUUUGAUCACAUUUUAACUACUCACCCAGAGGAGCUCUCCUCAGUAUUUCCUUUCAUCCUGUUGACAACUCUUAAUGGCUGGCCUCUCAUGUGUAAUGAGCCAAUAUUCUUUUUGUUUUAUAUUUUCAUACCUUCACUUUUCCUGGACAAAGCAUACUGAGAUCCUGACUCAACCCAAAGAAAUGUUCCUGCCUUCAGAGUGAGUAGGUAUAGGUAAGAAUGUUGAUGGAACUUCUGUAAACUGUAGUGUUCUUGGCAUAAAUAUGAAUUAUAUAGUUUUUUUAAAAUAUAUGAAGUAGUUAUUCAGCAUUUACUUUUUACUAAGUUUAUGUGUUUACUGACAAGAUAACUAUAGAAUUUUCUGGGGAAAUUCACCUUAAAAUUUUGGGAUAAUUCAAGAAAUGUCUGCAGAGAGUUGAUUGAUAAUUUUGGUUUUUGUGGUUAGUCCUUACAGUUUUUAUAAAGGUCCUUAUUUAUCUGUUUUGGGGAAGCCCAAAGUUAACAGUUGGAACCUUAUAUUUGUUUUACCCUGUUAAGUAAUGGCUUAAGAAUACAUCAAGCAUCUUGAUUUGUUGUUAAGUAACUAGUGUUUAUGGGAUUCCAUUAAAUUAAUUUUAAUAAGCCUACCAGGUUCUUGUGAAAACCCA